AUGAAUCAUCCGGACACCUCUGUGUUUCCAAUACGUGUAACUGGGAUAAAGUUCUUCAUUAACGAACUGAACGAACGCAAUCGGGUUUUCAUCGGGCCCCGCACACACAUUGUCACAGUUCCGCGCGAUGGCAGCGAUGGUGACGUCUCAUCAGUCUCCGUUGCACGCAGUGACUUCCUCAAUUCCGCCGACGCUCCCAUGGAGCACAGUAUUGACGGCUUGGAACCUAAUGGCAUCUUCGACGUGGAACUGCGGGCUGUCUAUGAGCCAAUGGGAAACCGGCCCACCGCAGAAACCGAGGCGCCCUGGGAGAAGACGAGCUGUCGCACGAAAAUGCAUCCCCCCGUCAACAUAUCUGCGCCUGUGCCGGUUUCGUAUAAUGCCAAGACCAACGGAGUGUUGAUGCGGAUGUUUCGCGUCAGCGAACGCCUGGGACCCAUUCGCCGGUACUUUCUCAUCGUCACCCGUCUGGAGCGCUCACAUUCCAUCAACAACCUCGAGAAGAUCGACUGGCAUGCCGAGUUGCGCCGACUGAAUGCCGAAAAGGAGGCGGAGACACGCGUGGCUGCUGAAUUCACGCAGAUGGCCUUUCGAUCACCGCAGUUGGAAAUUCAGAUCGGUGAACGUGAAAACGAGAUGAGGAAGCGUCGAUCUGUAAAGGUCCCGCGGAAGCGGGCAAGACUGCAGCCUCAAUCGGACGCAGCGGCUUCUGCGGCAGCGCGUGCGGAUGAGGCCAAAAUGCAGUCGGAGAUACUGCUGUACGACUGUAGUCUCAAGAAGGGUCAUCAGUAUAAGCACAGCAUUGUCCUACCGAAGCGGACCAAUCUCGGCUACGCAGAUGCCUACGGACACAGUGAGCCGGCCUGGUCCACCACCCCGGAGACCUUCGGUGAGGAGGGACAGAGUACGACCGAGUACGAGGACGAAGACAGCAUCAGCUCGACCUUUUGUGCUGCCAGUCCCUGGUCAGUGGCUUUCCAGCCCAAUACCAGCCUUCUGUUCGCAGACCCCCUGGGGGCAGGCGGCAGGGUCACCUCCGGCGGAUUUGGCCUCGGUGGGAAUCGUAUGGGACCCAGCUUCUUCACGGUCAUCCUAGUGACUGUCAUUGUCAGUCUGGGGCUUGUGGCCCUCAUAUGCAUCGCAGUGCAGUGUUUCUUCCGGUAA